AUGUCAUUAAAUAUAUCUUUAUAUACUAUUUCGGCAUGUUUAAUACUAGAUAACGAGGGGUCACGUUUAUAUGCCAAAUAUUACAAUGCAAAUGAAGCGAAUCAAUAUCAAACACAAGCACAACAAUUACAAUUUGAAAAGUCACUCUUUGAAAAAAUAAAUAAGGCCCAUCAAGAUAUCAUAUUGUAUGACAACCAUUUAAUCACUUAUAAGCAAACAAAUGAUAUAAUUUUGGUUUUGGUGGGUACUUUAUCCGAAAAUGAAUCUUUACUUUUUUCAUUAAACACCAAUUUAAACGAGGCCCUUAACAUUUUAUUGGACAAUACGUUAGACAAAUCCACUGUCUUAGAACAUUACGAUUUAGUCAGUUUAUGUAUUGAUGAAGCGAUUGAUGACGGAAUCAUUUUAGAAAUUGAUCCAGCUAUUAUUGUGAGUAGAGUAACCAACGCACCAUCGUCAUCCAACUUUUCAAACGACUUGCCUAAUAAGAUCGAUUUAUCCGAAAAAGGUUUAUUCAAUGCCCUUUCUUUUGCUUCAAAGAAACUUGGUGAAAGGUUACAACAAGGUUUAUAA